UGCUGAAAAAUUAUCAAUUUUGUAGUCGAUUGUCGAUUGCGAGUUUUCUUAUCGCGAUUCUUAUCGUUUGUGGUGCAUUUUGCAGAAUUUCGAUUUCGAUUAACUCACCCGAACUUCUUGUGAAAUAUCGCGAAUCGUUUGUCGAAUUAUUUGCCUGGUUUUGUAACAGUUCACUGUUAAGAACUUGAUAUCAUUAGAAUUUGGAGAAUAAGAGCUUAUAUAUCUAUACAUAUAUAUAAUGAAUAAAGAUCCAUCUUCGUCAUCACCCUGGUGGAACAGCAAACGAUUACGUUUGGAUGAUGGCUGCAAUAACAAUCUAAACAGCACUUUCAACAAUGAUUCUCGAAAUAGCUCAAAGUGGCCAUAUUCGGGAAAUGCCAGUCUUAUAGAACCUGAAAUCCUGGAAGACAUGGGUGUUGGUAUGCUGGAAGAUGGAGUAGCAAACUACGAAAGUACAAAGAGACUACAAUCUGAACAGUGUACAAUUUUAUCAGAGAAUUUAGACAGUAAUACUAGACCAAUAAUAGAUGAGCCUGAUGUCUUUGAAUAUCAAGAGGAGGUUUAUACAAGUUCUGGUUUGGAAAUUGCGAAUGCAGACAGAGUUCAACAGGAUUCAUAUGAUAUGGAUGAUUUAGCUGCAUUUGGUAAUGCGGAGAAUGAAUCUGGCUAUUCCUCGAGAAUGGAAGCUGACUAUUUUGGAGAUCUAAAGGAGAGCUUUACUAAGGAAAAAGUCAAUACUUCUACCGAGAAAAACCAGCAAACAUGUUUAGAUCAAUUCUGUUUAUUUAGAAGAAAAAGAAAGCCUUCAACUGAGGGCGAGGACAAAUUUAAUAAACUGUCAGAUGAAAUAAUUUUAAUGAUAUUGAAAUGGUUACCUAAAAAAUGUUUGGUACGCUCUAUGUUAGUAUGCAAACGUUGGUGUCAAAUAGCUCGAGAUGAAGCAUUGUGGACUAGAUUAGACCUGGGUAGUAAAGUUUUAAAUGAAGGCACGUUAGGGCAUAUACUGCCACGAGGAGUACAAAUUCUAAGACUGGCACAGGCGGAAAUCGCGGAUCCUAUGUUUUGCGAGAGCAGCGAAGUCCUUAGCGAUCUUUAUAUCAGUAAAUUACAGUACUUGGAUUUAUCUAUGGCGGUUAUAUCGCCGGUUGGUUUAGCUGCAUUAUUAUCCAAAUGUAAAUAUCUGAAAAAAUUAUCCCUGGAAAAAUGUAUAGUAAAUAGAGAUUGCUGUAGAGCGAUUAGUGAAAACGCAGAAUUAGAAAUCUUGAAUUUAACGAUGUGCGAAAAUAUAGACAUUGGAUGUAUUACGGAUUUAAUGAAGCUUAAAUGCUUAACUGCCCUUAAUAUGUCAUGGUGUUCUCUGGAUAAUGAAUGUAUGACUGCACUUUGUCGCACAUUACCAUCAUCGAUUACACGUUUGAACAUUGCGGGAUGUAGAAAAACAAUAACUGAUGAGAACGUAAAGGACUUGUCGAAAAGGUGUCCGGAUAUUAUAGAAUUAGACUUGAGUGAUUGCGCUAUGCUUACAAUGCAUACCGUCCAUAAUUUACUGAAUUUUUCAAAACUCGAGCACUUGUCACUGAGCCGUUGUUACAGCAUUCCACAAUCGGCGUAUAUAAGAUUAGCUCAUAUGCCGUGUCUGUUGUAUUUAGAUGUUUUCGGCCUAAUGUCGGAAUCGGUGCUCAAAUCAUUACAAGCUACCUGCCGUGAACCAGAAAUUAACAAGUACCUUUAUAGCUCGGUCGCAAGGCCAACAGUCGGUAUUCGAAGAACCAGUAUUUGGGGUCUUCGAGUUAGAGAUUAAAUUUAAUAUGUAGGCAAUCCUUUCAAUUUAUUAUCAAUUUACGAGGGAUAGAUUUCAUCAGUAAAUCAAAGAAUGGAUUUGAUCAAAGGGUAACUGAUCUCUAUGUAAUAUUGCAUCUUUCUGCACGGACUGAAUACUAUACUGAUAAAAAAUGAAAUUUAAUUUAAAAAAUAAAAUACGUAUGUUCUUCCGAAAAUUUAAUAUUGAAUUGUUAUAAAUAUAUAUAGAAUUCUACAUACAGCGUGUCUCAGAUUGGCUUUCGUUAAUGACAGGCUUGAGAUCAUUUUCAGAUGAAAAUCUUAAUAAUCGUUAUCGUAAUCAUUAUGAUAACGAUAUUCUUGAUAAAUUGGUUAUGAUAGUUUUUAAAAAUAUGUUUAAUUAAUUAAUCAUGUGAAUUUGAGACAAUUUAACAUUGUUCAGCUUUAUAGAAAACAUUUUUUUAUUUAAAAACUAUAGCCUUGGUUUUUGAUAUUAGAAUUUUCAUAUCAAAACGAUCUCUAUAGUCUUAACAAGUGUCAUGGUAAGAGACAUCUUGUAUGGAUAUUUUUAAUACGAAGCAUUUGCUGAUGUUAGCAAAUUUAAUUUAUUUCGGCUGUGUAAGACUGCUUUACUUAUGGCUUUUGAUCAUGGUAUAUAAAUUGAAUUUUGUCAAGGACUUUUGUUGUAUUAUACACUAAUUCAAUAGUAAAGAUCUCAGAAAAUGAUAUAAUAAUGGCCAGAUAUGUGUUCGUAUAUUAUUUAAAACAAAGAGAAAUCAUAAAAAAACGCGAAAGCUCAAAUCUAUAAUGUGCUUGUGAUAAAACCUAUUGCCUAUUAUCAGUUAACAAUUAUAUAAACUUAUUAAUUUGUUGUCUACACAAUAAAAUUUCUUAGACUGAAAGAUUGGUAUUUUUCUGUUGGAUAUAUAUUUGUCAUCGUCAUGUUACUAUGCACAUGAAAACAUUUUUAAUUUAAAUUCUUAUAAAAUGUUUUAGUAAUCUUAUAUUAAGUGAUAAGUUUAAUUGAUUAUGCAAAUAAAUUUAAUGCAUGUUUAAUAUUCCCUCGACUGCCUUAACUAACGUUCCUUGAAUUACAACAAUAUUAAGCAUAUUUAAAUAUUUGUAUAUUAAUGAUUAUGUGUGUGAAUAUGUGUGUUGCGAUGACUAUAUAGUCAUUAAUUUUGCUCAUGUUAGAAUAGCAAAAAAGAAUUUAAUAAUAAAACUUUUGAAAAU